UGGUCGGGUCGAGCAGACCGCAGCAACCCACGUAACACCGCACACGCUGAAGACCUGUGCCUCCGAAUCGCGAAAGAAGAAUACAAGAAGUUCAGUUAGAUUUUUUCUCCCGCGGUAAUAAUUGUGAACUAUUGAACGGUACGCGUUUUAGUGCUGGUGAAAAACCGUCGGCAGCAUGAACGGCAUGAACGUUGUUAAUGUGGAAGACAAAAGCAGAAAGGAUAGCAUUAAAAGGCAAAGAAACAACGCAGACAAACCGGCAAAUUUCACGCGCGGAUUGUUAAUAAAAUGGUUUCGCGAGCUUCGCUCUCUUCACUGGAACACCACCAUAACGAAAGAACCGUCUACUGUUGUUGCAAUCAGCCGCCAGGAUCCUAUUUACCAGAGCGAAGGAAAGGACAAGAGGAAAAAACGCAAGGACUACAGGAGACACUCCUUUAAUGACCGUCAAGUCACACCGCCACCCAGCAGACGAAGAAGUCGAACUAAUGGCUUCGAAGGUAAACCGCCCCACUUGGCCAAAAACACCCCUCUGGCCCUUACAAUGAUGCCGUCACGUUCCACCCCGAACCUGCAGCAGCCCAGCCGUGACAAGAACCACCCGAGCAUCUACUCGUACCUCGAGAACCCGAAUUUCUCGCCGAAGCAGCCGCCGCCCCGAGAUGACGACUCGCCACCGCCAGCGCCACCUGUCCGGGACUCGUCCAGCCUCAAGUCCAUCAAGUACGGUCCUGGACACGAGAAGUUCCCUUCGUGGCCGGUGCCCGCCGCCGCUGAGACUCCGCCAGCCCUUCGCGGACCUCCCGGGGGCGGCUCGCACAGGUCCAAGUCGUGGACCGACCACACGAACUACCCCAAGGAGAAGGUCGUAGCGUACACGCGACCUUACAUGAAGAGACAACACUCUUCUUAUACGCAACAACAAAAACUCAAAACUGUGAUGGAACGUUGUGAGAAAAUCCCCCCCGAGACGUUCGAAUCUCGCCACAGCAAACACAGCGACCUCUUGUACUUAUCUCACGUUGAUCGUGACGGCAAGCCCCUAGGUGAUAUGGACUACAUGGUGCCAUCCCCUCCGGAGAGGGACAUCCCCAACAAACCCCAGUUAACGCAAGUCGAUCUCGAAGAGUACGCUAGGUCGUACCAAGAGCCCGUCAAGUACUCCUACGACUCCUCGCACCUCACCAAGUCCGGCUUGGAGGAGUUCAUGGAGUACACCCGCAACUACGAAGACUCCCUUUUUAACUCUAUGGGGUCCAAGCACGAGCUGACCCACUUUCAUCAGAAGCAGUUGUCCUACGCCCAGUCCGAAGGGUACCACAGCUACGUGUCCAGCACGGACUCCACAUCUACGCCUUUUCUGGAUAGGCUGAGAAGGGACAGCGAGGCUGUGGUCACUAGGACUUCCACUUGGGAUGAACCGGAGCAAGAGCAAAGCACUAGGAGGGAAGGGAGAGACAGUGUAGUGACUACUAGUUCGGGUUCGGUGUCGUCGAGUGAAACUUUAAAAUGGCACGGGUCGAUGAGUGACGUUUCGGUUGCUAGUAGUUCUUUUACGCAUCUUGCCAAUUCUUCGAACUCUUCGGUCUCUAGACAGUUAAUUGCUCAUAGUGCGAGAGUACAAACGCCUCAAAGACAUCACUCGGAAAGUGUCUUGUAUAUGGGUGCUGAAAAUACGGACAGUUGGAAAGAUAAAGAGAGUAGAAAUAACAAUGCCAAUAAACUCAAACUGUUUCCUGUGAAUACUUACACUGUACAAGACUCAGAUCUGCAUAGUAGUAGUACCAGUAGCGUCAAUAGUAGUACGAGCAGGCUAUCGUCGUCGAUCUCCAUGAACCCCGUUUUGUCCGUCGCCGACAGAAUAAGCGAACUCGAAAAACAACAGAAAUACUCAUACCUAGAUCCGGAUAAGAAACACAAAGUUCCUGACCCCACUCUCAAAGCCAUCCAAAAGAAAGCUCUCUUGUCAUUCUACGAACGACACCAAAACCCCAACAAAAGCAACCCAUGGCGCUCCGAGCCUCAAUUAGUUCAACCGCAAGCCCCCCAGCAAGCCAUACCUCAGCCGCCGCCACGAGCCAAAGCUCAACUUCCAAGCAGAAGAGCUUCUUCAGCAUCGGAUUACGCUUCCGGCAACAAUUCCAAACGCAGCAGUUUAGCCAGUCGCGAAUCGAAGACCACAGAAAGCAUAAGCAAAGCGUCCCCGAAACACCAAUACAGCAAUUCUUGCGGAAGUCUAUCUACCGAUUUGCUCGGACCCAUCAUUGUUGGACCGUCGAUUUCGGUGGACGACUGGGUCCCGGACAAUCCGCCAGCCAUACCUCCCAAGAACCCGCAUCUUCGGAACGCCUUCCCCGAUUUGUUCAACCAGCGAGUGCCAAGCCCGGAUCUGCCGCCGCCGUCGCCGCCCACGGUUCUGGAAGAUGAAGUUUUCAAUAACGACGAUCCUCUGCCGCCGCCGCCUCCAGAGUGCGACGAGUGGCAAAAGGAGUUCAAUGAUAGACUGAAGGAAAACACGCAGUUUGCGGUCCCGCAAGUCCAGAAGAGCAAAUCCCCGAUUAAACAGACUGUUGGUUUGCCUGAGCAGAGGCAUAGUAGUGUCAGAUCGUCCAUCAAGACGCGACCUGCGGGUCACAUUAUACACCAAGUGAGCAGCAAGCCCUACCAUGGAGGUAAAUCGGAGCAAAUACUGGGUUUCCCGAAUCAGCAAACCUAUGCGGAGAGGUCAAACACUAAAUAUCCUGCUACGCAGAAACUCGUGUUGAACGGGAAUGUGGCGGUCAGUCAAAAAGUGCAAAAUGGCUCGGAUCAGUACAGAGCUGAGCCUUUGAGGCCUCUACAUAAGGAAGAUUUGAACAAGUCGCCGGAUUUGAAAAAAGUACAACGGGCCUCCAUUGCCGAAAGUCCAACGAAAGACGUUCCUCCACCUCUUCAGCCGAGACAAGCGAGGGUCAAUCAGAGCAUGAGAGGGAGAAUAUCGCAUGCUGUGACCUCGAGGAGUUCACCACCGAAAGAGGAGAGGCUGAGGGAAAUGAGGUCGCAAUCUUUGAGUCAAUCUAAGGCCUCCUACCUUGCCUCUCGCCGCGACCGAGACCGCAUCGUCCCCGAUUCAGACACCGGAAGCUACAAACGCACCAUGUCACCCAACGGCCAUACCAUUAACGAACCCAUCCCCGAACCAGCACCUCAGAAAGAAUCCAUUUGGUCUCUCAACCGUUCCAGCAAAGACAUGAUCAAAAACAACAACAACACUAACCUCCUGCGACGAUCUUCCAUGAACGACAAAUCCAAAAAAGCCCAAAUACAUGACAAAAAAUGUGAGGAAAAACAAGACAAGGUAGUCCUACCCGACGUUCUGCCAGUGAAUGCGAAAAUGCUCAGUGCACGAUCUCAACAAUAUAAUCGACCAACGAAUUUGAAUUUAGUGGAAAACGGAAUGAAGAAACAUUCACCCCCUGAGUCGCCCUCGAAAACGCCUCCCAGAGGGUCACCAUUUGCGCCGCUACGGUCUACGAGUCUGUCCAAUCCGCCAUUAUUAGCGUCGUAUAUUAAACCCGUGACUCCGAACGAAUCUCCACCUUCACCAAAAAUUAAACCGUCGUUGUCUCCUAGUUCUCCUUCGAAGUUGUCUCCGUUGCGAACUUCACCUGCUAUGUCUUCUCAUACGAAUAGUCCUAUACAAACUUCUUUUCUCAAUUCAUCGAACGCGAAUAGUCCUAUACAAACUCCUUUGACUGCCUCUAGUGCGAAUAGUCCUGUACAAACUUCACCUCUUAGUUCUCCUAAUUGUUCUCCUAAACCGUCGUCUCCCGAAAUUUCACCCCCUCCUACACCGUAUAAGACGGAAGAGUGUCCGAAAGUGAUCGAGGGUUUGCAGCUGAUUCAAAGGACUGAGGUAGUGUUACGAGUGAACACUUCGACAACUGACGCUGCUAUUCAGACGGAGAAAGAUGAGCUGCCUCCGACUCCUUUACCUACUAGGAAGAAGUUGCAGGAAGAGAUAGAGUGUGAGAAGUUGAGCGAGGAACUCGUCAAUCAUCUGCCGACAUCUGAUAGGUUAAAGGAACUUUUGGUACCCGGACCAGAGCACAAAAAACCGACGGAUUACGUCCAAGGGCUGUUCAAGGUAGAAGUAACAUCGAGACCGAGGCCAACAAACUCACCAUUUAGAAGUAGGAAUAAUACUCCUAGUAGUAGUCCACCACCUACUUCCUCUACUCCAAUUAGUACCACUACAACCUCAUCGAAAAUAAGCUCGACCACGUCCCCAAUGAGUUCCUUAGUUGAACCCACAAGCCCAUUGUCCGGUUCUUCAACUUACUUUACAAUCUCAGAACCAAAAGCAAAGUUUUUAACUAGGUAUAGUCAAGACAUGAGCCAAUGUCACAUCGUCAAAGAUACCAAAGAUCUCAACAUAAAAAAGGAAGAGUUAGUGAACCGUUUAGACCGCAAAUUGGAAGUUUUACGUUCGGAACAAUUGGUGGUAACUGAAGAGUGCAAAAUUAACGACGAGCUUGGAGAAAACGUGGAAGCUCAUAUCAGAAGAUUGGCAAGGCCGCACGAGGCAGAUAAAUUCAGGCUUCACAUUGAAGAAGUCGGCAAAAUCACAAGUCUUCUUCUUGGUUUGUCUGGAAGGCUAGCAAGGGCGGAAAAUGCCUUAAUGGGAAUGCCUGAGGAUCAUCCCGAACGAAGAAUUUUGGAAAGUAAACGCGACAAGCUCCUGGAGCAACUAGAAGAAGCCAAGAAGUUGAAAGAGUGCAUCGAUCGUCGUAGCGUUAGCGUUUCAAACAUUCUCUACAAGUACUUGAACUCGGAAGAAUACACCGACUAUGACCACUUCAUUAACAUGAAGGCGAAAUUGAUAAUGGACUCGAAGGAAAUUGCAGACAAAAUUAAAUUGGGAGAGGAGCAACUGCUAGCCUUAAAAGAGACAUUAAUCGUCGCAGACUGACCGCGUAACUGUAUUUUGUUAAGUUGUAUGUGUAAAGUAUGCUUAACCAUUCGAGUUUUAUCGAAUGUGCCUAGUCCAUUGACAUUUCCUUCGCUCUUAAGUCCCGGUUACAAAACGGAGAUUUUGUGUAAUAUAAAACAUGAUGUAUUUUAGAUGAAAUGUUUUUUUAGUUUAUGGUAAAUUUAAGUUAUCAAAUUAGUUGUGGUACUUAUUAAUUUUGUGGUAUUUCGAAUAUUUCGUUGCAGUUUGUGUCGAUUUAUUUGACAAUACCAUGUUGUAGGGUGUACCUCGCAAUAUCUACUUAGAGCUUGAGUCGGUAGAUUUGACUGCUUGAGUCGAGUUGAUGUCUCUUACCAUUUUCACAAAUGGCUAUGAUGACGUCACUAGAGCAGAAUAGGCUGUUACGUUGUGCAUUUUUCAUAUUUAGUUGAAAACAUAAUUAUAAGUGCAAAUAUGGUAAUCGUAUGAAUGAGGAAGCCCCAACAAUAUUUACAGCGAUUCAUCUACCCAGUUUUAUACUUUUGUUAAUUUAUUGUCUCCUUCUUUAGUCACGUUUAAUUCAAAUUAAGUGCUGUGGAUCUUGUAGGGUUGCCUUCUUUUAUAAGAUAUUACCUAAUACAUCUUCCUACCAAGUAUUUCAUUGUAUCUUAGGUGUACAAAAGUCAAAAUUAUAACCCAUUGAUUUUCUCUUUAUCAUAAUGAGAGCAGUUGUAUAUAUAAAUGUAUGUAUUUAAAAAUGAAAUCGAAAGUGGUGCUCUGGAAAUUUUUUAUAUUAAGUUAUUGUUGUGAUUUUCGUUUAUAUUGAAACUGAGUCGUGUGUAUUUUUCUUACAUAUUUUUAAUAUACCAUAAGUAUGUUAUUUACUUGCAUACAAAUUUAAAUAGAUUAUUUUAAGCUUUAUGCAUCGCUUGCAAUAAAUAACUAAAUAACGAUUUUUU